UUCGCGAAGUCAUUGUAAAUUUAUUGUUCUACUAUAUUGAUUAUUUUCCUUUGUUAAAUACCGGGAAAACAUUUGUUUGUGAAAAUUUUAAGGUUAUGAGGUAAUUAUGGCAGAUAUUGGUGCUCAAUUUGAAGCAAUUUUAGCUCGAGUACGCGAGCAAUUGAAUAAAGAACGGAUAAGACUCUGGCUUCCUCCAUUUACUGUGGAAGGUCAAUCAAGAGGCAACUUUUCCGAGGAGCUUGUAUCGCAGUUUUCUAGUUCACUGGGUGUAGAUGAAGCUGUUAUUGUUGAGGCUUUGGAGAACCUACGGUUGCAUGCCCUGGAAAAACUUGAAGCUAAAAAGAGAUUUAGUGAACUGGGAGAAGCAACAGUGAAAGCUCGCCUGGUUGGAAGUCAUAAAAAGAUAGUUAUACAUACUCCUUUGAAAAUUACUGGUGCUGAUCUGAAGACUAAGUUAAGCAAAGAAACAGGAAUUGAUCCAUUACACAUGAAGCUCAUCUGUAAUGGAAAUGUCAUUGAUGAAGAUAAUAUUUUAGAAAACCAAAACAUCAGGAACAAUAGCCAGCUAUUGGUCAUCCAUCUGUCUGAGUCAGAAAUUGAAGCAAGACAAAAACAACAACUUGAACAAGAAAUGGCUUCUCAAGUUUCUAGAACUAGGCAUGCUGCAGAGGUUCUAUCUAAAAGAAUGGACGGAGGAGAAAGUUUGAGAGAAAAAUAUUUUCUGGAGAUCAGAGAUCAGGAAGGUAGACCAUUAUCAUUGCCAGAAAGUGAAAGAAAGGCAUUAGCUCUUGCUAUGACACUUCAUGAGAAGGGGAAAAGCAUACUCAAGCAGAACAGAAAUGCAGAAGCUCUACUAUAUCUUCUUGAGGCAGACAAGGAGUUUAGACAGUGCAGAGCAGAAAUUCUAAAUGCCGUGGAUAACUAUGCAAUUCUCUGUAUGGAUGUCGUGUGGUGUUAUCUAUGUUUGAAGAGUAUUAGUGAUCUUCCUGAUGCUGAAAAGAGAUUAUGUACAAGCCAAGAAUGUUUUGAAAAAAGUUAUGGACCAAAUCUUGAAAGGCUUAAAGCUGUACAGGGUGGUGCUGGUAGAGAGCGGGCUUUAUUUGUGCGACUGCAUACUCUACAAGCUGUCUGUGCAUAUCAUACAGGUUGUUAUGGUGAUGCAUUGUCCCUUCUUAGAAAAGCUGAAAGUGGAAUGGCAAGACUUCGCAUUGGGGACAACCAGCUCACGCAAUUGGUGUCGAUGGGAUUUACUGUUCGAGAAGCUAGACUUGGACUGCGGGCCUGUGAUGGGGAUGUUACACACGCAAUAGAUUACAUUACACGGCGAAAACAGGAAUUCAAAGAAAGACAGGAACGYGAAAAAGAAGAAAGAAAGCAAAAGAGAAUUCAAAGAAAGUUAGGGAAAACCGCUAGUGGUGAAUGGGUAAACUUAUCAUCUUUUGAAGCGCUAAUGAGUAUGGGUUUCUCUCGUCAAACUGCUAUUGAGGCCCUCCGUCAAUCUGAUAACAGCAUGGACAAAGCUUUACAGAUUUUAGAAGAUCAUCCCGAACUGCUUCACCUUCCUCCAGAUCAAAUAUUACAAGACUUUGAACCAUCAGAUGAACUCGUUGCACAGAUAGUUUCAAUGGGUUUUAACAUCGAUGUCAUUAGGGAAGCUCUGAAAAGAUUUGGUGGAAAUAGUCGAAGAGCUAUCGAGGAACUCGUUUCAACGGGAGGAGUGUUGCCAUCUUGCUCCUCAAAUGCUGAAAGUUCGCAAACAACUUCUGACAGUGAAGAUUCGGAUGUCGAGCAAGCAGUUGAAGACCUCGUCCCUGAUAUAACGAAAGACAACCCUGACGCUCAUCUUGAUCUUACUCUUGACGAUGAAGCUUCCAUUAUCGCAGAGUAUAAAGCACUUCUUUUAUCGUGUGGGUACGGAGAGACGUUAUGACGAAUCAGUAGUCUUAUAAACGUUUAAACAAAAUAGGGUAUUUGCUUCUAUUAUGAGAUUAUUUGAGGACAACAUAUGCUAAGUUUUUAGACCCCACCCGAACCCCCAUAUUGAAAUAGAUUUUGAUAUAAUUUUAAUCUUUAUAGCAACCCCAGUGUUCCUUCCCCGGAAAACUAUGUACUCAGAUAUACUAUAUUACAGAAAUAAUCAAAUAUUCUUAUGCCAAAAAUUGUAAAAAAAUAUAAUCAAAAAAAAUUAUUUACAAUAAAA